AUAAUUACCCCACUUCUCUUUGUCAUUCCUUAAUUACUUUAUUUCCUCUUACAUCGUUUCCUACAAAUCUGAAUCUAUUCAAAUGUACGAAGUACAACUACCAACUCAUCAGACUCAGACCUCAUCAAACACGCACAGCUUUGUGCAAUCAUGGAAAUGAUGGAUUACUCGGGAUCGAGUUCUUUGACAAUUGGCGAGCGUAUCUGUGCGGCGUUUAUACCGCUUAUAGCGAUAUUUGAGGUUUUGAUAUUCGCUUUCUCCGAUUGCUUUGAGCCCCGGCAACCACGCCUCAAGAAAUGCGCCGGAGAGAUACCUCGUUUAGCUAAUGAAACCAUCUUUACUAUGAAUGAAGUUGAGGCAUUAUAUGAGCUGUUUAAGAAGUUGAGUAGUUCAAUCAUCGAUGAUGGGAUGAUUCACAAGGAAGAGCUUCAAUUAGCACUGUUCCAAACUCCAAGUGGUGAGAAUCUUUUUGUGGACAGGAUUUUUGAUCUUUUUGAUGAAAGGAAAAAUGGUGUCAUUGAAUUUGACGAAUUUGUCCAUGCACUCAGUGUCUUCCAUCCCAAUGCUCCCAUGGAAGACAAAAUUGAUUUUGCAUUCAGGCUGUAUGAUCUGAGACAAACUGGGUUUAUUGAGCGAGAAGAAGUUAAGCAAAUGGUAAUUGCCAUUUUGAUGGAAUCUGAUAUGAUAUUGUCAGAUGAUCUUCUUGAGGCUAUCAUUGACAAGACAUUUGCAGAUGCUGAUGCCGACAAGGAUGGUAGAAUCAAUAGCGAAGAGUGGAAGGAUUUUGUUUUUAGAAACCCAAACCUCUUGAAGAACAUGACUCUUCCUUAUUUGAAGGAUCUGACAACGAUAUUUCCGAGUUUUGUUUUUAACACAAAGGUUGAAGACUGAGAACCUAAAGUUUUUCCAUCAACAGAGUCCUUAUAAAGGUGUUCUAAGCUAUAGUUCCAUGCAGUGUUACUUUGAUUGGCAAAUUCAAUGAAUUUUGCUAAUAAAAAUUGUUUUGAAUCAUGACAGAUUGUUCAUCAUUGUUCAUUACCCCUAAAAAGGGGUAGCCGCUAUGCUUUCUUUGGUGCAAAAAGGCCAGGAGAAGCUUUAUAAUUAAGCAGCACCAUUCAAAGCAUGCAUUGUUCAGCCUGCAAAGAACUUACUCUUGUAAUUAGUUUGUAUGGCAUUGUUGCCUCAAACUUUAGCCUUUUGGUUACCUUGUGUGUGUGUGUGUGUUUUUUUUUAUCCUUGGGUAAUCAAAUGCUGCUGAUUGUGUACAGAAUUUGUCUCGAUUCGUAUAAUGUUUAUCUGAUGCAAUUUAAAUUAGAGCUUGAAGAA